UAAAAUUGCUUGCAACAUAAUUAAUUAAGAAGCAAAUUAAUUAACCAUGGCAGGAGGUGGAGGAAGAAGCUUAACUGAAACACCUACUUGGGCAGUUGCAGUUGUUUGCUUUGUUUUACUUUCUAUAUCUAUAAUCAUUGAACACAUCUUCCACAUCAUAGGAAAGUGGAUGAAGAAGAAGCAUAAAAGUGCCUUAUACGAGUCACUUGAAAAAAUCAAAUCAGAGUUAAUGUUAUUGGGAUUCAUAUCAUUACUCCUAACAGUUGGAGAAGGUUUGAUAUCAAAGAUAUGUAUAUCAGAAAAGGUUGCAGCUACAUGGCAUCCUUGUAACAAUAAUGUAGAUGAAGAAGAAGACCACGAAGCCGGUGGUCGCCGGAGAUUACUAGCAAAUCCCCGGCGUAUAUUGGCUGGUGGAGGAAGUGAUAAAUGUGAAGCUGAGGGAAAAGUAGCGUUUGUGUCAGCAGAUGGUAUUCAUCAACUACAUAUAUUUAUCUUUGUGUUGGCUGUUUUUCAUGUCGUUUGUUGCAUACUUACUCUGGCUUUAGGCAGAGCAAAGAUGAGAAGGUGGAAAAGAUGGGAAGAAGAAACCAAGACACCCGAGUACCAAUUUUCACAUGAUCCUGAAAGAUUCAGAUUUGCUAGUGAGACUUCAUUUGGAAAAAGACACUUGAGUUUCUGGACUAAAAAUCCUGUCCUCAUUUGGAUUGUUUGUUUCUUCAGGCAAUUUGUAAGGUCGGUUCCUGAAGUGGAUUACUUGACCUUAAGGCAUGGAUUUAUUAUGGCACAUUUGGCACCUCAAAGUCAUGAGAAAUUUGACUUUAGACAAUAUAUCAAAAGGUGUUUGGAAGAAGACUUCAAAGUUGUUGUAGGAAUCAGUCCUCCAAUCUGGUUCAUCACAGUGUUCUUCCUCCUGUUCCAUACUCAUGGGUGGCACUCUUAUCUUUGGCUACCAUUUGUUCCUUUGAUUGUUGUCCUAUUAGUUGGAACAAAGCUGCAAGUUAUAAUAACUCAAAUGGGUCUUAGAAUUCAUAAACAAGGAAUGGUUGUAAAGGGUGAGCCAGUGGUGCAACCUGGUGAUGACCUCUUUUGGUUUAACAAACCUAGAUUUAUUCUCUUCCUUAUUAAUUUUGUGCUUUUUCAGAAUUCCUUCCAGCUUGCUUUCUUUUCAUGGACUGCACUUCAAUUUGGGUUGACAUCCUGUUACAAUUCACAUAAGGAUGGUGUGGCCAUUAGAAUUUCCAUGGGAAUCUUCGUUCAAAUUCUUUGCAGCUAUGUGACUCUUCCUCUCUAUGCUCUCGUGACACAGAUGGGUUCAACCAUGAAACCAACAAUAUUCAACGAUAAAGUAGCCACAGCUCUAAGGAAUUGGCACCACACCGCAAGGAAGCACGUAAAGCAGAACCGUGAAUCUGGGCAUCAAAGCCCAUUAUCAAUAACUCCGGCCCAUUCAAUGUCCCCGGCCCAAAUCCUUCGUCAUUACCGCAACGAAAUGGACACACCAACAAGAAUCAACUUUGAUACCCCAUAUGAGUCAUAUUCACCCUCACCUUCCAACUCGCACCACCACAAGGUUGAGCCCAAUGUUGCUUCUUCCAACUCAAUUCGUUUUCUUGAAAUGGAAAUGGGUCACUUGGCCCAUGAUCAACAACAAGAUGUCAUUGAGCCCAAGCCUGUUUCUAUGGGCUCGAUUCUGGCUCAAGUUGAGAUUGAUGUCCAACAACACAGUGAUGAAUUUUCAUUUUCUAAAAUGGCAGCAAAUCAAGCUGAGAUUGAUGAUGCCCAACAACACAAAGAUUGAUGCCCUCAUGUGUUCAAACACCCUCUAAUAUAAAAAGGAUAAUUUUAAGGGAUCUAUCACCUAUGAAUAUAUGAAAAGG